AUUGUAGCUCCUCAUUCAUCCACACAGAUUUCAGCUUAAGCACAGCGUUCUUGUCACUGACGCUGCAAUAUCAGCAGUGUUCUUCUCAGAUACAGGACCAAAACAGCUGAUUUUCCAUCAUGGAACAAUGAUACAUUAGCCAGUUUCAAAAGGAUCAUUUCCAACGAAAGAAAGAUGCGGUCCCUGUUAUGUGACAAGCAGCAUAUUUGCCUUUACGAUAACCUGCCAAGGCAAAGCAAAUUUAAUCCAGGCAAGAAGACUGGUAACAGCAAUCAUUCCAUGUGUUGUUUUCUAGCGUAAUAUACAAGCUAUUGCUCCAGUCAUUGCAGCAGCUACGAAACAAUGCACUAAACAGUCGGCAAUGGAUUUCAGCACUUCAUCAGUGUUUGAUCAACAGAAAGGUGAUUCGGCAGAAGAAAUUGACCUGACUGUGGUGUAUCAAGCUGCAGCUAAUGGGGAUACCAAUACUCUGACUUCUGUCAUCCGUGAAGAUCCUUCCAUAUUAGAAUGCUGUGACAGUGAUGGCUGUACUCCCUUGAUGCAUGCUGUCUCAGGACGUCAACUUGAUACAGUCAAAUUGCUGCUGAAGAUGGGAGCCAAUAUCAACACUCAAGAUGCCUGUGGGCGUACCAGUUUGACCCUGGCAACCUAUCUGGGAUGGCUUGAGGGUUGUGUCACUUUAUUGAGAAAUGGUGCCAGACAGAACAUCCCAGAUAAAAAUGGAAGAUUACCACUGCAUGCGGCCACUGCUGAUCCCAAUGUCAGGCUUUUGUCUGUGUUGCUGCAGCAGUCUGAUCUGAGUGAAAUUAACCACCAGGACAAUGAGGGAAUGACACCGCUUCACUGGGCUGCUUUCCACAAUCGACCCCAGCAUGUCCAAACACUGCUGCACAAAGGAGCUGAUCCAACACUGGUGGACAAAGAUUUUAAGACGGCUCUUCAUUGGGCAGUUCAGAGCGGGAACCGGUUGCUCUGUUCGAUCAUCCUGAGCCACCGUCAGGGACCAUCAAUAAUCAACUACGAUGAUGAGAAUGGAAAGACUUGCAUUCACAUUGCUGCUGCUGCAGGAUACAGCGACAUUAUCACUGAGCUGGCAAAAAUCUCAGAAUGCAACCUGCAGGCCCUCGACGUUGAUGACAGAACGCCUUUGCACUGGGCCGCUGCUGCAGGAAAACCAGACUGUGUGAAGACCUUACUACAGCUGGGAAUCGAUAGCAGCCCAAGAGACAUCAACGAGAACACUCCACUGACGUAUGCUAUUUACUCUGGGAAUGCUGCUUGUGUUAAACUGCUCUCCCAAGAGAACAGGCCAGAGAUUGUUCAUCAAGUUUCUUUGCAAAAUAAUGCAUUCCUGAAGAAAGAAAGUAGAUUCUGCAGGCUGAACCAAAUCUUCUCCAGCAAAAAGAAAAAAGGAGACUGGAAGUCAAAUCCUAAAGAGAAGAAUAAGGACAGGUUUCAGAGGGAAGAGACCUCAGAAGUAGAUGAGAUUAUUACCACAUUUGACUGCAUUAUGGAUGCCGACUGCAAAAGUUCUUCAGAAGAGAGUGUGGCAGCUAUUGAUUUUAAAAGAAGGACCACAGACACUAAAAAGUACCUCAUCUCUGAAAACAUUACCCCAGACUGCAAUGGCCUUCCGCCAAUAAGAACACAAAGCCUCCCUCCCAUUACUGCAGGCCAUUCUUUUUUAACAGCUUCUCAUACAGCAAACUCUAACAUGUGUUUGGGUCCCGAAACCCUCCCUUUUCCACAGCAGUCCCAAAAAAGCAGAAGUGAACAUGACUUGUCAAAUCAAAGGAGCAGCCGACAAACCUCGGACAAUCUUUGGAAAGCUGACACUAACCAAAUACUCACAUGUAAAGUCUGGACAACAAUGCCUUCUGACAAUAAACUGAUAAAUGGAUUGUUCCCAAACAAAUCCAAUCAUGUGUUGUUGUGUCCUCCCCAUCUUCCACACCUGCCUAGUUCUCCAUCAGGCAAGAAUAUCCAACAAGCAACAUUAGAUCAACCCAAAGUCAGAGAUCUAACACCUGUGAGGAAGAGCUUGUCACCCAUACCAAACCACUGUGUUCAGAAAGCUCAGCUAUCACCCAGAGAAGUUUCUCAGGGUGUCAAGGAGCAGAAGCCAUUAUCUUUAGACUCCUUAAGGACUGGCGCCUCGGUUCUCUCACCAGCGUUUCCCACCAAAUCACCCAAAGGAGGACUGUCUCAGAAUCACUUGCUGUGCUCCUUCUUGCCAGUGCUAUCAGCAAAGCCUCUUCGGACAAGCAGGGUCCUACCCGCCAUUCCAAGCCAAAAGGGAUCUGGUCUCCCAGGGGACUCACUUAAUCAGUCUUGUUGCAAAUCAAACAGCGACAAUUAGGUCAUAUAGCCAAAGCUAUGCAGAAACUGGUGGCUAAAAAUCACCAAACAUUUGCUUUCCAAUCUGUUGUUAGUGAGAGAGUUGACAUGCAUUAUUAAAAGACAAUACACAUCAAUCAAAGUAAUCUAUUUGGUUCAUUUAUUUAUUUUAAUAACAUAUUGAGAAAGUGCUAGUAAAUGUAUUGCUGAAACAGAGAAGGAAGGAAGGAAGGAAGGAAGGAAGGUAGGUUGCUACACAUUGUUGCUUAAAAGCUGAGAGCCAGCGCCUGUUUUCCUUUCGAAGGAAUUCAUCACAUUAGACAAAUAAUGUGAGUUGAUUCGGACCUUGCCAUUAGUGUUCACUUUUAGCCCAUGUUUAAAUAAAAUGGAGAAAUAAUUCUCUACCUUCACAUUUGUUCUCCUUAUCUGGAUUCGCCCACUUCAUUUGCCAUCACACGUAUUGAUGGAUUCCCGGCCCAUCCCGCUUCCCUCACCCUUUUCUUCCUUAAAAGACCCACCCACUGUGCAU